AUGCCAAAUAACAACAAUUUAAUACCAAAAGAAAAUCACAAAAAAGUUGAGGAAGUUAGAGAAAUAAAAAACCAAAUUCCUAGUUUUGAGGAAUUUCUUAACAAUUACAGCCAAGAACAGGUGAAUUACGAUGACUUAACUCAUAAUGAUAUAAGUUCAAGUAAGGGUUAUGGUCCUUGCCAUUAUUCCAAUGCUGAUUGCACUUGUUAUGCUAGUCAAGGAUUUAUGCAAUUAUAUAUACCUUGCCCUGCUGUCGGAUGCUCUAGUAAUAGGAGUGCUUAUACUUGGCUUCAUUCAAAAAACGGAUAUCUCAUGACUUUUACGGGUCAAAAUGAUGAUUGUGGAGUUUUGUUAAUAUCAAGUCAAGGUCAUAAGAAACCAACUGCUGAUACUUUUAUAAAUGCUUUGUCUAUGACUGGGGGCAGUAUUAGAAAUAGAAGUGCU